GAAAUGGUACCAUGUUAACGUACAGUUGCAACUCCGGUUUCACGUUACGUGGACCACCUGAGAUAAUUUGUAAGACUGGAAGAUGGACCUCAGCUCCUACAUGUGUUGAAAUGGAAUGUACAAGUGUUCCAAAUAUUUUCAAUGCUCGGAUUGAAGGCAGAUUGAAGAAUAGCUAUAAGCCUGGAGAAACAGUACGUUAUCAAUGCCAUCCUGGUUUUACCAUGAGUGGACCAUCAGAAGUUACGUGUAAAGCAGGGAAGUGGUCCACACAACCUGUAUGUAAAGAUGCACAUGUAGUGCUCCACCGUGCAAUUCCCAAUGCUAAUAUUAUAAAUGAAAAAGGAGGGAAGGUAUCUGCCUGGUGAUAAAGUGCAAUAUAAAUGUCAGGAAGGAUUUGAAAAUAUGGAAUCAAAUUAUAUGUAGUUUGUGUGAAGAUGGAGAUUGGUCACAACCUCCAAUUUGCAAAGAUAUGAGAUGUGGACCUACACCAGAGAUUUCUCAUGGUAGGAGUGUAGGUGGUAAGCGGCAAAGGUAUUUCCCUGGUGAUAGAGUGCUUUAUCGAUGUACACAAGGUCUGAGCCUUAUUGGGUCUCCGACGGUAACAUGUAAACAAGGGAAGUGGUCCCAACCACCAGAAUGCAGAGAGGCUGCUGGAAAGUGUGGGCCCCCACCUAUUACUGAUAAUGGAGACACCAUUGACUUUGUACAGCAAGUAUAUGAAUCAGGUUCACUUGUGCAAUACAGAUGCAAAAGUUUACAUGUAAUGAGGGGAUCUCAAUUUGUUCGCUGCGACUCUGGCCAAUGGACAGACCCACCAGUUUGUUUAGAGCCAUGUACAGCAUCCCCAGAAGAGAUGGAGAAAAACAAUAUUGAGCUGAAAUGGAGGGAGACCACUAAAUUGUAUUCAGAAAGUGGAGAUUUUAUUGAAUUUAACUGUAAAAGGGGUUAUGAGGGGGAUCCAACAUCUUCUGCACUUAGAGUACAGUGUAUGGAAGGAAAAUUAGCAUAUCCUAAAUGUAAGAAAAAAGGUACUUCAGGAUGAAUAAAAAGAAGCAUCAACCAGAUAAUUUUAACUGAGAUCUGAGGAUCAGAAUCCACUGACUAAUUAUUUGUAAUGUUCAUACAUUAUGUCCUUUGUCAGUAUUUUAUCUUAAAUUGAUUACAUGUUUCAGUUCAGUCACUUUUUUAUCAUUAGUUACAAUGGUUUAAAAUAUACAGUCAUAAAAUAGUAACAGAUCGGCAAAUAACUUCACACUCAGAUCAAACUACAGCUUUUUAUGAUAUUUAGAAAAGGAAAUUUUAAGGGACAUCGUACACAUCUGCACAUCCUGAAUUACACACUUCCUGCUCACUGAAAAACAAAGCAGUAGUAUUUCCCUCCCGCUCAAAUCAGGAACUCCAGGAAGUCUCAUUAGAAACAUUAAUCUUGAGAGAUUUUUAAGCCUAAUCACCACACCAAAAUGUUUGGGAUAUGCAUGGAGGCUUUUUUGAGUUCUGCCCAUCACUAUUAGCUGUUGGUGAUCAUUCUUCCAAAUAUUUUAGUGCAUGUAACCAAAAAAUGAUCCUGUCAUCUAGCACAGUUUGUACAGAAAUCAUUGACUUCUCUGCUUAAAAUUUAAACUCUUAAUGUCUUAAUUAUGUCUCCUUUUUAAAAUUAAAGAUUUGUAUGUUUCAUUUACCACUCUUCUUAAAAGGUCUGUUAUUUGGACUUUUUCAGGUUUUUUAUUAACAGCAUUAUCUGUAGUAAAGCAAGAAGGAAUCUUAGGAUUUGUAGAAAAAUAGAGACAAAGAUGAAAGCAUGCGGCUAAUUUGAAUAUCAACAUGAUACAUGCAUUUGACAAUGUGUGAAUAAAUUGUCUAUUCCUAUUUUCCACUGUAUGCAAUAAACUGGAAAUUAGA